GCACCACAGACGGUGUGUGCGCGAGCUCUGCCGCAUCUCCGAGCGGCCUGCACGUUCUCUGCGUGCCUUGUCAUCACGCAUCGGGCAGGUUUGCAAACACGAUUCGUUUCCUCUCGCAGUGUCAGAGCCGAGGAGCCGAGGAGAGAGGAGAAGAAGAGGAGGGAAAUAAAGCUGGAAGGAUUCAAUUUAAACAUGAGAGCCGGGACAUAGGUCGGAAACAGGCUAUGUUGUUAUGUUCCUGUGACGUCUGGUGGGAGGCAGUGAGGUAAACGUCCGCACACACUAACACACGGGAUGCCCGCGUGACUGCAGGGAGGAACGAGGCGGAGUAGGAGGAGGAGGGUGAUGGUGAUGGUGGUGGUGGGGGUGGUGGGGGUCUAGGUGCGUGUGGACCACCGCAAAAAAAAAAAACCCGAGGUGGAGUUGUCAAGAGAUCGAAGCCUGUGGGGGAAAGAUUCAUCCCGGAGAGGCAGCUAUUUUUGGUGCAGUUUGAAAAUCGAUGGGGGCUAUUUAUUUCCUGUUCAUGUCGAGGUGAUCUCUCUCGGAUGUGAUCCCGGAGCUCUGCUUCUCCACACCGUGUCUUCUCAUCGGUGACAGGAUGAGGUCCUAGCACAAGGUUUGCAGGAGGGUGGGAGAGCACAUGAUCGGAUUUUUUUCUUUCUCCAUCCUGAGUGGACACACGGAGUGGCCCGGCUCCUGUCAUCGCCGCUGGGGGGUGAAAACAGCGAGCGAUCAGCUGUUUUUCUGUGGGAUGCUUCAGAAUUUGCGGCCUGCUCGGGUCUCCAGUUACCGCAAUGCCACUGGCGAGAGGAGGGGAGAGGUGGAAGGCAGAAGAUGGAGAGAGGAGGGAGCAGCAAAAAAGGCAAAUGAGUGAAACAAUAAUGUGAAGAUUGCUAAAAAAGAAGAAGAAAGAAGCCCAGUUGUAUGUGAUUGUGAUAUAAUCAGAGAGAGACUGAGUAGGAGGAAGAUAAAGUGUGUACAGUGGAUAUAGGCUGUGGGCUGUAACGGCCUUUGAGCUGCAUGAGGUGAAAGAGACACUGUAUUGACUUGAGCAACCUUAGCAUCAUGGCUGAAACGCCAAAUGAGGCGAGUAAGUUGGCUGCGAGUGUGUAGCGGUCCUUUCUCAACUUUCUGCUGACAGAGUUCUUGGACUGUAGUGCACACACCAUGGGGCAUUGCGCAGCACCUAUGGCACCUGCCAGUGGAGAGCUUGGUGCAUAAUCGUGACAGAGUGGAGCCCUGAAGCCAGCAUUUAUGUCUCUCCCUCUACUUGACUGAACUUUGUCUUACGAAACCACAGUGAAGUGUGUAACCCUCUCCCGUCCUCCUCCACCCACGGAUGAGCCGAUCAUGCCUUCGCCAUCAGACUCCAGCAGCGUGGCCUCGGCCUCGGGGUCUCGGGGGUGGUCGGACAGCCGUAGGGGCAUGUCAGGUCGGGGGCCCGGUGGUGCACGGCUGCUCCUCUACCUGGGACUGUGCCACCUGGGCCUGGGGGCCAUGGUCCUGGCCUUCUCGUUCACCAGCAUGGCCUUCACCUCCUCAGCCCGAGUGAGACAGUCCUGUCCUUUUUGGGCUGGUUUCUUUGUGGUGGCCUCAGGAAUAGUUGGAAUAAUCUCAUGGAGGAGACCGUUGACACUGGUGGUGUCACUGUUCAUGCUGCUGUCUGCAGUGUGCGUGAUCCUCAGCCUGGCCGGCUCCAUGCUCUCCUGUCAGAACGCACAGAUGGUCAAGUCGAUGCUCACCUGCCAGGUGGAGAAUGGUCUGUGUGUGUGUUGUGCGCCCACUCAGUCCUGCUCCAUCACAGAGGAGGAGACCCUGGUGCUGUACCUGAACGCUGACUGCCACUCAGUCCGGCAUCAGCUGAAGGACCUUUUAUUCAGUGCUUGCGGUCUCAGCAUUCUCUCCACCAUCAUCUGCACUUUGUCCACUGUGACCUGCAGUAUUCACAUAUUCUCCCUGGACCUCGUGCACCUGCUGGCUCCUCAUCGCUCUCGUUCAGUCAACCCAGAAUGCACCACUCCUCAGGACGCCUUCCUGACCAACAUCAUGGACUUUGAGGAGUUUGUCCCACCCAUCCCUCCGCCUCCCUACUAUCCUCCUGAGUACACCUGCAGCUCUGAGACAGACGCUCAGAGCAUCACCUAUAAUGGCUCCAUGGAGAGCCCUGUACCCCUGUACCCCACUGAUUGCCCCCCUCCAUAUGAAGCUGUGAUGGGACAGAGAGCCGCCAGCCAGGCAACAAUGUUCGACCCUCAGGGCACUGAGCUGUCUGGAGAGAGAGGAACGUCUGCUGCCUUCAGUGGAGAAGUGUCCAUGGACAGUGGAUCUCUGCUGAUGUCGGAGAUUGUGGACAUCCCUGAUGAUUCAUCUCCAUCAGAGGACUCAUAUCUGAUGGAUGUGGGGCUAAGGCACCAGGGGGAGAGAGGAAACAGGACCGCUGGUGGUGAGGUGGGAGACGGGGGAGACGUAGGGGAGUAUAUCAGCUUCCGUGGUCCUCCAUCUCAAACAGCGGAGAGUCCUCUGGCAGGAGGACCGAGAGCGAGACGCUUCAUCCGAGGAGAGCGGUCCAACUCCUGCUCCUCUCCCAGCACAGCCACCACCACAUACAGGUCUCCAGUUUUGCGUCGCCAGGCCAUGCUCGCCAGAAGCUGUUCCCAACUGGAAGCAAUAGGGGGCUCUGCCUCUCAACAGCAAUCCUCCAUCCCAGAGAUUCGACUUCGGCUGCCACAGGGAGCUGCUGCCACCUCCUCUCUUCCCCUCACUUCAUCCUCCUCAGCCGCCAGCGAGCAGGGCGGAGGUCAGGGUCAGGAGCAGCUCCUCCCACGUCAACCGUUGUACCUUCGGCGAAGGGCGGGGAAGAGUGAGAAGGAUGGAGAGAGUGUGAGAAGGGAUAGUGAACGGCUGCCGCACCUGGUGAGGUCACACAGUGAGCCCGGGCUCGGCUCCUCCACUGACACAGUUGACUUUGGCUCUGGAGGCAGCAAAGUCUCUAUUGAUACGGGUCCGUCCUCGGAGGCGUGUCUGCUGCCGCCCACUUCUUUUCCUCCUGCUGAAGCUUUGCCCAUGAAAGGCAGCGUAAAAUCAGCAACCACAGGGGUGCAGCUCCCCGCCAAACCUCCACCCACAUCCCCACUGCGUUUACCUAAAGACUGCCACCGUUCCCUCGGAGACCUUAAGGUGACACGAGUUCUAGUGGCUCGUUUCCUGCAACGCUCCAAACGCAACCUAGCUCCCUCCUCUGAGCAUGCUGGGAGCACAGGGCAGGGGCCCAAGAGGCGGGGUGGAGCCGAGGGAGUGGCCAACAACCAUCUAUCCCUAGAACAAAUGUUGCGGGCCCCUUGGAGCACCAGCCGAGGACAACCCAACCAUCAGGCUCACCAUCCCCCUCAACACCGCGGACACCACCAUUCCCACAGUGACAGUCGACACAACCGGCACUACAGCGGCCGGGUGCCAGAGGGGAUCCACCUGCGCAGCUGUGGAGAUUUGAGCUCGUCCUCCUCAGCGUCACUACAUCGAUUGCUGACGCCUUAUCCGCCGCAUGGGUCAUCGGGAGCUCUCUACUCUGAGUCUGCGCUGUGAGGAUGGGAGGAGGGGUCAAGGAGGGAUCGGGGAGGAAAACAGGAGGCGUAGAAAACUGAAGGGUUGUAAGGAAAGAAGGCAAAUUGAAGAAGUCCUCCCUCCUUUUUCUUCCUGUCACUUCCGAUUCCUGAAGUCAUCUGUGCAAAUGGCCUUAUUUAGUGGUGCUCUUCAAUCCCUCAGAGCAGCAACCCAGAGCUAACACGUUCUUCACUGUUUAACAUCAGUGAAACUGUUAUUUAAUGCUUGUUUUUAGCUACUGUGGUCAGAACAAACCCAUUAAUGGCUGAGACAAACCAACAAGGAGCAUCUUUACUUCCUCCCUCUCAAUAGUCAUCUGGAAAUAUAUUUUCCUCAACACUGGAGAUCAAACUCAACAUUAAUGCUACUGCAACCACUCGCUCACGUGUACAUUCAGUCUAUAACUGCGUCAAUAUGCGACAUGCGUCUAGCGCUUUUGUACAUUGCUGUAUAUCCACAGGAUCGCUCAGGUGACGUGGUCAUGAAAAACUUAUUUGGUCUUCCAUUGACUUCCAUUGAUUAAAAAAUGCAUCUCAAUAAGCAUAUAGUUAGUAAAGUAGAAAGUAAGCUAAACGGAUGAGGACAGAUGCUCUCACACAAAAAAUGUCUCUUACUAGUUUUGACUUUUUUUCCCCAUCUUUUCCACACGUUCACAGCUCCACACUGGCCUUCAAACAAAAGGCGACCAGCAUUUCUAACAACGACAGUUCUGCACGCCACAGACACACUUCGGCCUUUGACAUGUAUUUUUUCUGUGGGUGGCCCCUGGACACGUUGGUUUGAUUUGCAUAUGUGCAUGUUCUGCUCCAGCCUCCAGAAUACAGCAGGAACCUUGUGCAUUAGAUCCUGACCGUCUGUGUAACUACGUAACAAGUCCUCAGAAUGUCUUUAUCUGCAUGUUUCGAAAAUCUUGAAUUUCCUUUUUUUUCCUCCUCUUGCACCCGACCCCUAUGAUAUUAGCCAUUUGAAAUGUGUUUGUGUUAAUAGAUAGCUGAAGGGAAAGAGUCCAAGAUGUUCUCCAAACAUGCCGCUGCAUCCUAAUUUGAUUUUGAUUGGGGUUGAAAAGGUUUCAGUUGCACAGGCAUAUCUAUGAAACGGGCUCCAGCAGCCUGAUCCCGGGAGAUGAAGAGGUGUAAACUGCACUGUGGCUCUGAUGAAAUGACGAGUCUCUUGCAAUAAAUGUACAGACAUUAUUUGUUAUGAGGCGGGGCUUCACACUAUGUGUCGUCACGGUUCCCUUUGGACUUGCAAAAGGGUUGUGAUUGGGCUUUGAAAAGAAAAGGCCUUGGGCCGCAGACACACCAGUGACUGUGAACGCACGAUGAGUCAGGCCACUCUGGAUAAUGGAUUUGUGAAGUGUAUCAGUAUAUGUGUGUCAGAUUGGUCAGAAAGUCUUUUGUGGUUUGUUCACUAAGUGAUGAAAUUGACUCCAUAUCAGUAAAGGCACAUUUUUGAGGCACUCACAUGUAUGUAACAAAUUUUGUAAAAAUUAGACACAUACACAGACACACUCAUGCCCCCUCCCCCCUUAUUAAAGCACCGAGCUGUGUUUCUACCUCCUGUCUUGCAUUCAAAAAAAAUAUAUUUAUUUGAAGAAAUGUAUAAUAUGUAUGGCAGGCUUGACGGGGUAUAGCCUUGAAAACUGAAUUAUAAAUGUAUCUAAGUAUUCCAGAUUUUAAAUGAGAAAACUUUCAAUGCAAGUUAUGUAUUUCAGCAUAUGAAAUAAAUAAUAGACAUCAAAUAAAAAUACCCAUGCUGA